AACAUGUUCAUGCUAAAUCUUUGAGUUUUGUUAAUGUUAAUCAUUUUGUAUCACCAAAACAUUAUUUCUAUUUUGGAAGAGAAAGACAAUUCCCAGUUUAUAGUGGAUUUAUGGCUUAUCUUGAAGUAUUUUUCUGUAAAGGAUCUUACUUAACAAAUGUUAAACCAGCAUUAAGACCAAUUCCAACACCACCACCUCCAAAAAAGAGAUGUGUUGAAGGACCAAAUAGAAUUAUUAAUGCAAAAUAUGAUAAGGGUCCUGUUGUUCAUGUUGAAUUACAUAAAGAUGAUUUGAAAGAUACAACUUAAUAUGGUUAUGGAUUUUGGUUUAGAUAUACUGGUUUAGCAGGUGGAUAAUAUGAAAAAGGAAGACCAGAUUGGUCAUUAAUUGCUAGACUUACAAAUAAAAAAGAAACACCUAAAGAUAUCAGAGAUGGAUUAUUAACUAUUUUCUAAGGAAAAGUUGGUUUCUUUUAUAUUACAGCUAAUAAUAAAGCUAAAAAAUUAGUCGAAUUAGCUUAGCCAUUUGGAGAUAUUGAAGGCGUUUGGAUUUAUACUUAUUUCAGUUAUACUAGAUAUAAAGCUAUUGCAUUCUAUUAGAUUGAGAAUUAAGCACCAAUUACUUUAGAAGCUAAAGUCACACAUCCAAGAAUGGAAUAAUUAUUAUUCUAAGUUGGUGGUAAAGAUCCAUAAAAUAGAUAUUAUUCAUUUAAUGGUUAAUUCCAUAGACCUGUUUUAAGAUUAGGAUCUGGAUCAUUCUUUGAUACAUUAGAAGAAUACAAUCCUUUCUGUUUAAGUUGUAAUCCUCAACCUUAAAAGGAUUGUUCAAGCAAAGGUUUGAUUAGAGCAGUAUCAGCCAAAGCUUCAUAAUUUAAUGGUAAUCCAGUUAAUUCAGGUGAUAGAUUUGGAACUACUGAAUAAUAUUCUGUUCAAGGAUGGUUUAAAUGGAAUGGUAAGACAUCAGAAAAAGAUUAACUAUUAUUCAGAUUAACAUCUACUCUAGUUGGUGAAGAUACACUCAAUUAUGAUACUCUUAGUUGUUACUUUGAUACCAGAGAUUAAACUCUUAAUUUCUAUACUUAUACAUAUACUGAUUAAUUAGGGUAUUUUAAUAAUAUUUAAUUAUAGAUCUGGUAAUCCAGAAGUUAGAUAAAUUGUAGAAGGAAAGACUUUUGUCAAAGAUUGGUUCCAUAUUUAUUUUGCUUAUUCUAGAAAGAGUAGAUAAGCAGAUGUCAUUGUUGAACAUUCAUAAGGAAAAGGAGCUUUAUCUUUCAAGAAUGUCAAUCAUUAUGUUGCACCUUCUCUCAUUCUUUACUAUGGAAAAGAUUAAUUAACCGAUGCUUUCUAAGGAUUUAUCCAAGGAUUAAAUCUUUUCGCUUGUGACAUUACUUAUUAACCUACUCCUAAACCAGUUGAAGAUUGCACUCCCAUGAAAGAGUAUUAAAUCUUCUUUAUUUAUUAGUCCUAUCUGUUUAGCUGGUGAUUAAUAUGAAAAUGUUUCUUUAACUAAUAUUGAUAAUGUUGUUGAAGAAUUAGAAAAAAGAAAGUAAUUGAUGUAAGACAAAUAAUUUGUUUUGCCAACUACUUAAUGUUUCUGCUUCCCAUAAUAAGGAAAGAAGACUGUUCCUUAAAGAUAAGAAGGUUUUCUUGAAAUUUAUGAUGAUGAUGAACAACCAUAACAAUAAGAUCCUGUUGAAAUAUGAGUUUGUCAUUAAAAACAUAACAUUAUCA